AUGUUCCGAGUGUGGAAAGUGUUUUACUCACAAAAGAAGCCUUCUAAACCACCAGAGAACCCACACAGGCAGGAGUCACACAGGCGAGGGUUCUUUUUCAUGUUCAGAGUGCGGGAAAUGUUUUACUCUCAAAGAAACUAUUUUAUAUCACCGGAGAAUUCACACAGGGGAGCGUCCUUAUUCAUGCUCAGUGUGUGGGAAAAGUUUUACUCGCAACACAACCCUUCAGAAGCACCAGAGAAUUCACACAGGUGA